CCAUCACGACCGCCAGUAAAAAGGGUGCGAGUCUAAUUUUUUCAUAACUAGCAGUUUUAGGAGCGAUAAAGGGUAGUUUAUUCUCCUGGCAGGUCCGGCUACACGAUCAAAUGCGUGCCAAAUCUUGGUUGGCUGCUUCAGGUCCUGCCAUGAGCUAAGAAAGAUUAUAUAUAGGUGAGCACAGACGAAAUAAUUAUUAACGGUAUCGCUUUGGAUCAUCCUCUUGUAAACCGUUGUCAAAGAUAUACUGAUAAACGAUGGAAUGUCUUAAAUAUUUCACGGACGGGUAUCGAAAGAUAUCAUUGAUCGCCAACGAAGACAACGAUAGUUACGAGUGUGUCAAACAAGAACUUGAUGAUGUCAUGAAUUGGAAUCAACUGGAAAAAGAAACGAGAGACAAGGUUAUCGAGAUUAAGGAUUAUUUUCAGAAAUGUUUAAACAAAUCCUCGGAKAACAAUGACGAAGCGGCCGUCAUCAAAGAGGCCAAAGAAUUUGGAAAUGUUAUGGAUGAAUACAACAAGAAAAUUCGCAAAAUCGAUGCGUUGAUAAGCCUGGUUCCAGAAAAAAUAGAUGCUCGUAUCUCACUCUUAGAAGAACGAAUCAAAAAAAUUCAAGUUCAUGGUCUACGCUUUGGCACCGCUGCUAUAGCUUUAUUGGCUUGUCUUGGAGCUUUAACUUCAUGGCAAAUCUUUGGAGCUAAAGCCGUGAAGAUCGUGCUGGGUGGAGCAGUUGGCUUGGGCUUUGGAAUACUCAUAUUUCUGAUCAUUUACCAUAGUAUUUUUGCUCUAGAAAACAGACAUUUAUCAAAAUGGAAGGAAUUAAAAAAACUCAUUCAAGAUUUUCCCAAAAUGGUGUCAGACAUCAAACAGAAGCGGCGAAUAACUAGAGAUAUAGCUACUUCAUUGAUAGAUGGUGUAGAAAUAGGAAUAAUGGAUGCAUCAGAAGAAAUACUUAACCAGUGUGAGGAAUUCCUUGAUGAUCAUUAGCAUCUCAAAGGCUUUUACGAUAGACAUUUUUACUACAGGUGAAGUUGCGUAAAGCCUGAUUUUCACAAGCGACACAAGCACAAGCGCAAUCACAAGCGCAAGCAUAAGAGGCCUUAUUUCAUCGUGAAAACUGUUCAACGCAAGCAUAAGCACAGGCGCAAGCACAAGCACAAGGAUCAAAAUUUUGGAAUGGACAUUUUUACUCUAUCCCGCGCGCGGGGAUCGUGAGGGUUAUUGAUUGACUUGCAAAAGUACUGAAUCAGUGUCAGUAAUAACCUUUAUUUAUUGGACCAAUUAUUUUAUUAUAGCGCAUUAUUGGGUAUUAAGGUUGGUCAGAAAGUGAUUUGCCGAACUUACAGAAAAGGUUGGUUUUUUUUGCGCCUCACCCGCACAAGCACUUAUCUGCUCUACGUUUUUUAUAUUGGAGAUUAGCUUUUAAAGAAACUCUAACUAUACGAUCAGGAAGCCAGAAGCCGAGCCUCUUGAGUGAUAAGUAAGCUCCUUUAGUUGAAAUACGAUCGUGUUUGUUGGCGAUUAAAGACGUUUCACUGCCAAGUGUUGGGAAACCCUUUGAGUGCCGCGGAAGCCACUCUAGUGCCAAAAAGGAAACCAUUGAAUGGUAAAUAUGGUUAUAACAGAUCUAGAUAUGGAAUCAAUGAAAAAUGAAGAAAUAAAUGCAAGUGAUUAUGAAUCKAGUAAUGUAAUCUUUAUAUUGUGGAAUAUGGACUAUGAACUGAA